AUGCGUCUAUCCUGCUCUCUUAUCCUGGCCAUCUUUGGCACUCUCCCCAGCCAUGCAAUCCAUCAUCAACCCGGACAGGAUACCCUCCGUUUUGGCACUCCCGAGUCCAUAGGCCUUCUGUCCGCCCCCCUCCGUCAACUGGUAACCAACAUCACCGGUUAUCAACAACCAGCCAACUAUGGAGGAUUUUCACACAAUGAGAUACAUCCAAUUGAGCCAUCCUCUGCAGUGAUCGUGGGUCAUGAUCGCACCAUUGUCUCACUUUUCGCCAGCGGAAAGAUGUUGCUGUAUGCCGACGCUAAUGGCACCGAAUUGCCUCCAUCGCAGCAACUCUCUGCACGAACAGACACCAUCUAUGAUAUGGCCAGUCUGACCAAACUAUUUACCACCGUUGCAGCCCUUCGAGAGACGGAUACUGGUCGACUUUCCUUGGACAAAACAGUCGCGUCCUACAUGCCAUCAUUCGCAGCUAAUGGGAAAGAGAACAUCACCGUCUUGAUGCUUCUGACGCAUACUUCUGGCUUUGCUCCAGAUCCAGAGCCUCCAUUGUAUAAUCCAGUCUAUAAAACAGUCAAAGCGAGGACUGCAGCAAUACUGAAUCAGUCUCUGCGCAAUGCUCCCGGCUCCACCUACCUCUAUUCAGACCUCAACUUCAUGUCUCUGGGUCUACUUCUGGAGCACAUCACCCACAAGAAACUGGAUGAAUUGAUUCGAGAGUACACCAAUCCCCUCGGCAUGCAUGACACAUUCUUCAACCGGGGCAACAUCGAAGGCCCAGCUUUCCCCUUCUACUCCCGCACGGCAGCCGAAGAAUACCAGAUCGAGGUCCUGGGAUCAAUGGAGCCGCAGCGCCCACAGCCAGUUCGCGGGACCGUCCACGACAAAAAUGCGUGGGCUCUGGAUGGCGUGUCCGGACACGCAGGCCUCUUCUCAACGGUCGAGGAUACAGCCAUUCUCUGUCAGAUGAUUCUAAACAACGGUACUUACGGAGGGCGUCGUAUAUUGUCGCCCGAGGUCGUAGAUCUCAUCUUUCAUAAUUUCAACGCGAGAUUCCCCGGAUAUGAGCACGGAUUAGGAUUUGAGCUGAAUCAGUACUACACUGCGGGACCAAUGGCCAGUCUCCAGACUGCCAGCCAUACCGGCUUCACGGGUACCACCCUGGUGAUCGACAGGCCGUCAAACACGUUCUUCCUUCUUUUCGCCAACCGCGUUCACCCCAAUCGUAACUGGUCCUCGAAUAAUAUCGCCCGGGAAGCUUUAGGUUAUUGGGUGGCCAAGUCCUUGGGAAGAGACGUCUCCUUUCCGCCCCUUUGA